AUGAGUGACAAUGCAUGUCCAAGCGUGGCUUCAUCCGUGGAUAGCACGCUGUUCAACGUGCUGGCGGCGGGCAGGGACAAGAGCAAGCAGACGCUCGAAGAAAUUAAGGAACUCCAAGAAAGGAACAAAAUGCUCAUGAAAAAUGAGCUCAAAGAAUACAAAAUUGUUAACAAGCUUAUUAGUGAGCAUAUAGGAUCCAUGCCAGACCUUCUAACUACCCUUAGCGAUUCAUCACAGUUAGGUGCCACACUAGGGUGGGUGGAUAAAGGACGGGAGGUGACAGAUUCGUUAGAUGAGGAGGAAAUAUACCCCCAACGGAUAUCCAGUUGGGAGGACAAUAGCGGAAGUAUGGAUAAAACAAAUCAUCGCACUAGCACACAUCUGGAGGAGAACGCAGAGAUCACAGAGAAGGGAAGGACAGACGAAGGUGCAGUAGUUGCCUGGAUCCACCCACAGGAUGGGAGGGACCAAAUUAGUAAAAAGGAGGAUGUUCCCCAAAAAGGAGAUCCAUAUGCGGGAUUCCCUUCCAGGAUGAACCUACUCCAAUUGAAGCAAAAAAUAGAGCGUCAACGAUUGGCUCUCUCAGAUGUAAAGGAUUAUCAGACGAAUAGUAUGUUACUUAGCGAGGUGAAGAAAAUAAGACAGCUAUCCUUUAGCGAUGGUGCAGUCGUAAAAGUUAGUGGAAUGCAUGAUCAUGGUUCUCAUUCCAAAUUGGCCUUAAGGGAAGAGGCAACAAUUUGGCACACUCCAAAUGGGGAAGACAAAAAUGACUUCACUAAGGGAGGAAGCAUUAUUGAGCAACUUCUGAUGAGUAGCGACUUCCGUAGCUCUCUCAGUUCUAAGGGGGCACAGGGCGAACCUUUGGGGGAUUCGUUCACCGUGUCGUUGGAUAGUGGACCUAAUGGGAGUAGGCCUAACAAGCUUAGUGGAGAAGGUACUACAAAAUUGAACAGCCCCGAUGGAAACGUUCAUGCAGAAGUGGAUGGAGUAGAGAAGACGAAAAACGUUCUUCAUUCAAUUUGUUCGGUCGGAGAGUUGGGGUCCCCCUCGAGUGGCCACUUCGACGUUAGUCAAUGUGGGGAAGUCAGCCAAUGCAGGAACAGCAACAACUCUAUGGGAAUAAGUCGGAUAGAUUCGCAGUACUUCACGGGAGAGCUUAUCGGAGAGAGUAACGGCGGGGAGAGCCUCCCUGAUGGGACGUUGUUGCAAAGGGAAAAGGACACAGGAAGAUCUGCCAACUACCCCAUAGGGACGAUGAAACAUUCAAGAAGUGAACAAACGGAUCACCAGCUGGUGGAUGUUAUAAUUCGCCUGUCCAAAUUACAAAUUGAGGAAAGAUUUAAAAAGAAGCUGCAGUUUUUUAACGACUUUUGUCUCUCCAUUUGUGUUCCCAUUUCGUAUGAGGGGGGGUCUCACGUAGUGGGGGAAGAACAACGUGGACGCAGCGCCAGUGUAAAUGAUCUGAGUAGAUCUGUAAUGACGCCAAUGGAUGAGGAGUUGGAUAUGCCCAAUUUGGAAAGGAUAGCUAUGGAGGGGGAAAAAAAGGAUAACAAACGUAACAGAAGCGGCAAAUAUGUAAACCACACAAAAGGGAGGAAUGAAGGAAAGAUCCAAGGACCAGACACCUCCAUCACGUACGAUAAUUUUUGCCUAAAAAGUAACCAUGUGAAUGAGCACUUUAUCGAGUUUGGGGAAGAAGUACAUUGUAAGGUAGAGAGACAACUUUUUGAGAGCGUCGAAAAGAAGAAUGUUACCAUUGUCAAGUCGCUCAAUCGGCCAUUCGUUGUUCCUGAUUGGUACGAAAUUUUGGCGUAUGGCGAAGUUCCUCUUAUAUCCAAGGUUGGUGUGGAAGCACCACUGAGGGAGUUGUGUCUUUCAAGGGGGAAUUCCUCCGACUUGGUGAAGCACCCACAUGUAAUGGUCUACCUGCAACUUGCCAUACAGUACCUAUCGAAAGGGGAAGAUAAUGAUCAUCUCCUCAGAAUGGGGGAAACGUCAGACGGGCGUUCCUUGACGGAGCCCGCACGAGGGGGAAGUGUUAAACCACCAAAGGAUGGAAAUCGUUAUGAUGAAAUAGGGCAUGCCAUCCGCCAGGAGGAGAUUAUCCAAAGUUUUGAGAGUAACAAUAGCUACCACGCAGGGGGGGAAGACAUACAGGGGCUUAUCACUGAGCGGGGGAAGACGAACCCAGUUGGAGCAUCCCCCCAAACGGUAGCAAAUUGGAACAAUCGUGAUGCGAACGACGUGCUGUACCUCUAUGUGCACAAAAUGGUGAACCUGUCGAAGAGGCCCUUUGAUAAUAUAUCCAUCUGUGUAAGGUUCACAAAAGAGGAAAAAUAUGAGUAUAAAAAUUUUCCCCUGGAGGAGGAAAAAACAUUCAACUUUUUUGUACACUCCAAGAGGAAGUUGAGUGAACUUCGGGAGGUGAUACUAGAAGUGUGGGGGGACUGCAUUGGAAAGGACAAAGGAAAAUGGGUUCACCAGAGUGAGUAUUAUCACGAAGAGGAUUGUAGAGACUGCGUUGGAAUAGUGAAUAUCCCCUUGGAAGACAUCAUCCAGAAGGAACAGGUGAUCUGUUUGGAGAAACACCUGGAAAUGACGCAUCAGUUUUACGAAAAUGUGAACUUCAUAUUUUGGGUCAUUCUGGUGAGAGGGCAGAAAAACAAACAACAGAACGUGCAACAGUUUUGUGAGAAGUACAUCGAAAGUUAUGCCAAUGAGGGGAAACAUUCCCUAUCGAAUGGGAUUGAUCAGACAGAAGAAUCGCUAAUAAGUUCUGUCUUUGCUCCAUCGGGGGGAGAGCUGUCUGUGGGGAAGAAGUUCGCCCCGUCGGAUAGCGACCCACCAGGGGAGGCACAGUCCUCCAUGUCGAUAAAUGAGCAAUACUUUAUUUACGACUCGGAGAGCCUUUACAACAGGGAGUAUUACGUGUAUGAGUUACAGAGGGAAGUGCUGCAGAAGGACGUGCGUAGUGGUGCUCUCAUCGCCAGCGUGAUGGAGAGAAGUGCAGCAAUGAAGCAUCGAACAAACGAUGAUCAAAGAAGCGAUGAAGGAAGAGAGGAUCUCUUUGAAGAGAGCAACAGCAGUGUAAACGGCACCAACAGGGAUGGAGACGACGAGGAGGAGCAGACGCAAAGAAAGGCGUUCGGACGAACGAAGAGAGAAGUAACCGUCGAAAGGGGAAAGGACCCAUCGAUCUACCUACCAAUCGAGCUCAUCAAAGAAGAACUACUCCUACGAGGAAUGAAGGAACACACAGUCCACGUAAUGAUAGAAGACAUGAAAAAAGACGCAACCAAAAAGGACGAAAAGUAUAUUUUAAAAACACACGUAGAACAAUAUAUUGAUAAAAUUUUUACCAAGUGGGAAAAAUUAACAAACAAAUUAUUCCUUCGGAAUAAAAAAAAAAUGCUCCUAAAUGACGUGUGUGAAUACUUGGAUAACCUCUACAUUGACGACGAUAGGUACAUUAGUAAGGAAGAAUUUUUCAUUUUUUUUCAAGAGGUCGGCAUCGUUUUCGUGGACUCCACUGUAUUCGAUGAGUUGUGCUUACUGUUCUUUGACAGGGAAAGGAACGAAAUAUAUUUCUCAGCCUUCUCCUCCCUUAUCAUAAAGAGAGGAGUUGAAGAACUCAAAAAUACUGUGUACGGUUACGACGUUUUGUUGAAACUUUUUGGGUCCUUCUACGACAACCAGGUGACGAUAGAAAACCUGGAAAAUGAAUUGGUAAAAAUUAACCUGCAGACAAAGAAUUAUUACUCAGGGAGGAUAAGAAGGUACUUCUCCUCCGAGGCACUGAAAAACUCAUCCAUUUAUCAGGGUACUGCCGAUGAGAAUUUAGGACGUUUUUUAAAAGAGGAAGAAAAUGUGUGUUCCUGCACCUCUCUGUUGUUUUUACACUCCAUCAGGUUUAUGCUAACUAGGUUCAACAACAAGGAUUUUUCCAACCAGGAUUUAUUUUUCCUGGUGAAGUACCUGUUGCAGACGCAGUGCAAUUACUCACGGACGGAUGUUCGCGUUCUAGUGAAUGUUAUCAAGGGUAUUGAAUCCGUUAACUUGAGCUUCUUCCUGGCACUGUACCAUAUGUAUGUGGAGCAACACGCCUCAGGGGGGGAACUACAAGGAGAGGCACAUGUUGUGUGCAACCAGCACAGGGAGACCUCCGCAUGGGGAGAACAUAGCCAAGUGGAAGGAAAGCGCUUCCUCGUUUGUGACGACAUGGGGGGCAGCACAGAUGAAGGGAUUGGUAACGACAUGGUCGUGUCUUCCCCGUGUGGUGCGGCUCCUAACCAGGAAGGCGGUACAUCUGGUCACGAAGCGGACUACGAAUAUGAGCACACCGACGAGGGAGGGCAUGUGGCUCUCUUCAUGCUGGAGAGGAGUGACAAGGAGGAAGCACUCCUCGAUAGGAGCAGUAAAAUUAUUCAGGCGGACCCCCCUGUGCAGGAGGAUAAUACUCCCAGUAGGAAGGUCAAAACGGAUGGUCAAAAUUAUGAUUGUGCGAAGGAACCUUUGGAGGAGACUCGUACUAGCAUAACAGAGACGCAAACUGAUCGCAGCUUGGUAAGUGGUUUAGACGAUCCGGGAGGGAAGAACCAAACAGAUGGUCACACGGUUACAGGAAAAACAUCCAAAGACGCACCCUCAAAUGUAAGGAAGCAAAAACACAUGAGCGUAACGAACAGACCUACCUUUUGCAACACCACAGAGGAGAAGAAAAAUACCAGUAGGCCAAGGAAAGAUAUAACGAAAGGAUUCAAAUAUAUACUCAUCAUUCUACAUGGCAAAAUUGUGAGCGGGCUUAUAACUGUGAAAUAUAUAUCUGAGUGUCUGUUUCGCUAUUUUGGUAGAAGGGGAAAGGAUCGGAAUGAACAGAAUGAACAGAAUGAACAGAAUAAACAGAAUGAUAAAGUCGAGUUGCUGAUGCUGUUCGAUAUGUUGGGUCUUUACACGUCUUAUGAGAUUGCCCUGAGGGUACUGAACUGGUACGCAGGAGAGGUAAUUCUAAACAGGGAGGGAAAUAACCAUGACGGAGUUUAUGCAAACGGUAUAGAAGCAACCGUGUGGGGGGAAAAUAAUUUUGAGGGGAACCACCAUCGGAACAUCCCCCUGCUGGAAGACUUCACCGCCAUCAAUCACGAGCAGAACAUAAAGAAGAUUAUGGAAAGGCACUACCUUAAAGAACAAAUCGGAGGAAACAUAUUUUCUGGUAGCACACUGGAAGAUUUUUUCGCUCUCCUAAAGGAAAAGGACAUAGGAAUACAAGCUUUUUCCAAAAAGAACAUUUUUACGUACAGCGAUUUUUACGCUACAGUUGAAAGUCUCAAUUUAGAUUUUUCCAGAAAUUAUGUGCGCCUGUUAUUUUCUAAUUUGUUAACCUACGACUUGACAUCCUUCACCAGCGUAAAUAGCAAGCUAAUUUUUUACGACUGCAUGGAGGUUUAUUGGCUGAACUGGAACAGGGCCCAUUUCGAUUUCCACGGGGGGGAGGCGCACAAGCAGGUGUACCCCGAACAGGUGCACCCCGAGCAGGACGCGAGGGCCCUCUUGGACAGCGUCAAACAGAGGAGAAAGGAGCUAGCCAUUUUUAAGAAGACAAACCAAGCGGAUACCCCAAACAGGGUGAGCUAUAUCCCCCAGAAAAGCAGAUUAGUACUUGUGCGUGAAGAGUGGGCCACGUCUAUGGAGAACAGUAUCCCACUGAAGGAUCCAACAUCGGGGGUUACUCACCCCUUGGCAACCCUCCCCCUGUACAGUUUAUUCUUUUACCUUUCUGAGAAUGGAAUCCUAAAAGGAGAAGAACUUAUAAAGCACUACUUUUUUAUGAACAUGUUCAGGUGCGAAAUGAACUACCUAAAUGUGGAUGAUUACGCGAAUGAUAUUUAUACGUUUUACGAUUUUUGGCAAAUUUGUAAAGACAAAUGUGUGACUCUGUGUGAGUGUAGCGAUGAUGACUCGUUUAGGGAAGACCUUCUAAGGCUGAUAGUGGUUAUAAAUAGGGACCACCAUAGUGGUGGUAAAGAGGCAAUCCGGAAGGGACACAGUGGAGGGAUGCUCCCCACGGGUAAAGUGACCAUAGCGAAGUCGACCUCCUCACUUCAAACCCUACUGAAGGGAAAGACUCACCUAUUUUCGAAGAAUUUGAAAAAGAAUCUGGGCAUUUUGCGGAUGGCCGUGGAAAACCUGGGCAAGGGAAUCACCAAUGUUUCUCACUUCCCGCUGGGACCCUGCCUAGGACGGAGUCGUAGUGCAAUGAACCAAAGUGCCAUCAGUUCUAACGCGAAUUGGAACAGAAGCGGCAGCUAUGAUGCAUCUUUGGGGAGACGAACGGGGAGCACACACACGGGGGAGGAACCACUUUUGCAGUUUCUCAGAAGAAAUAAACAUGUUGUAGAACAUAUGCGGGAAUUCUUUUACCUGUUUGUUUUCUGUUGCAAAGUGGCGAACAACGAGUCGGUGGAUUUGUCCUUUCAGGAGCAGGAGUGGAUUUUCUAUCGGGGGAAAUUGAAGGCGCACUAUUCCCACAGGGGGGAGAAUAAACACACGUACGUGCCUGCUGGUGCGGUGAGAAGAAAGAAGGACAGGUCUAACUAUUCCCCAUUUGCUUAUAAGGAAGUACGCAUAUGCUGUGAGGAGAAGAAAUUUACGAGCCAAGAGUACAAACGGGUGGUGUAUCCAUACCUCCUUCUCCUUUGCGAUUUGCUAAAAAAAAUUGUGCACAUUUAUAAGGAUGGACAUGCUGCUUAUGUGAAGAAAAGAUUUGUCCUUAAUUAUGAGGAGAAAAAUGCGCGGAUAAUUUUUUUGCAUCGCGUGGAAAAUAUUAUGACCAGGUCAGGCAGUUUUGACGCCAAAGAGUGGAACAAAAUAUACAGCAUAUUUGAAGCGCUAGACGUCAGAAUAAGUGAGUUCCUUUUAAAUUUGUGGAGCUGCCUUGAGGUGAAUAAGUACAUCGUGAAACUCCCCAAUGGAGUUACCCUUUUUAAUGAUUGCUAUAAUACCAUGUGGGAUUUGAUGAGGCCGAAAGGGAGUGGCCGUUCUUCCCUUUGGGGAGAUGUACCUACAGGUAGGAAGAAUACCCCCAUGAGGAGGAACAGAACUGAUCAUAAUUCUGAUGAAUGGAACGAUCUAUACGUAAAGAAUGUGAAAUAUGUUAUUGCCUUCAACAAGCUGCUUCUGUCCGAUAUACGCGGGGUCAAUAGGAGGAGUCUACUUCACAGUAAGUACUUCACACAGGACAAAAUGUUUACGAAGCACAUGACCAAUCUGCACGUGAGGGCAUUAUUUAAUGAGUGCAUUUUGGCAGGACUGAACAUCAACCGAUUGUUCGCACAUAUUGAUAAGAAGGACUCCUUCAUUUAUGUACUCUCCAAAAAUUUUAAUCAUAUUUUUUCUGAAGAAGACAUAGCAUUAUUUGUGAAGAAAUACUCCUUCGUAGUAGAUAUGACAUCCCUCCAUUUGAGAAAUUCCUGCCAUAAUUUUUUUUCAACAAAAAAUUUUUUACAUGACCUGUACAGGCAAGGUGAAUUCUACAAUGCGCAAUUGAAGGGAAAGCUGUUCAGAUUUUUUUUUAAAAAUGAAAAUGUAUUUUUCUGCAAACACCACCAACGCAUUGUGCAUACCAAUUUCGAACCAAUGGAUAAACACCAUUUGAUGUCUUGUGAUAAGUUGAAGAACAUUUUGUCACUGCAUGGUUUGUUUCUUUCCUGGGCAGAGCUGUAUGACUUUUUCCAGCCUCUCAACAAAUUUUGUGUCAUUUACGAUUCGAAGAAGUUUGAGCUACACGAGGCGGGGAAACCGGGCCCCUACAUUUUGAAGGCGUACAUCAACCUGCCGAAUUUGUUGCGCCUGGCGGGGGAGGCGGCAAACAGGGGGGUGCAGCUGCAUGGAAAGGCAGAGGAGCAUCCACCCCAAGACAACCUCAAGAGAGAGAAGAUCGUGGAAAAAUCUGUAUCAAAAAAUGAUUUUCACAAAAAAGACAGCUACACGGAAAAGAUGCUCGCAAGUGACCCCCACUCGUCGUUCUGCUCAUUUAGAAGUCUGGUCCGCUCGGGGAGGGCCCCCUCUAAAAAGAAACCACUCGGAAAGGCAACCACAAGGGGGAAAAACGCGAAAGGGGAAGAACAAAAAAAAACACUUAACCUUUGCAGUGAUGUUGUGCACACAAAUUUAGCAAAAGCGAACGGUUUACCCAGGACAUACUUCUACGACUUUCGUUUUAAUAGCCUAACCAUGGGAAGAAUUUUAUUUUUUUUUUUCAUCAAGCUAGCCAAUUUGAAGUCGAAGAGCGACCUCACACAUGGGCAAAUGUAUUAUGGGAUCAAACGAGCAGGGAAAAAAGGUAUCGUAAAGAAGGAAAUGGAAAAUGCAUGCCAUCUGUUGCUCAACAUGGAAGAAAACAAGUUAAACUCCAUCAUACCGGAUGACUUUGUUUUGAAGAAGGAAGAGUUUCUAAAGGGAGUUCAUUUAAAUUUAUUUCUCCUCAGAGAUAGGUUAGACUUCCUAUUCGGGGAGGAUCAUUCCUCACCAAUUCAUGUGCAUCAGUUUGUUAAUUUUUUCGACACGGAGAAAGGUGCAGUCUCCUUUUCGAACUACAGAUAUGUGUACAACUUUGCCUACGAGUGGGUAAAUCGCAUGCACAUGAAGGAUGAAUAUGUAAGUAGGGGGUUGUGUGAGGCGUUGCUGGCGGAGUUUCGCCUACCAGACAUGACGACUGAUAGCAAUGGGGAGGAGGGAGAAGAACCCCCUCUCAGCGUGACAGAGGUGCGUGAAGCGUCUGAGAAGGAAUCCAAUGUGAAGAAGAAAAAAGAAAAUUUACAAAACGAAGUGGAGGACGUGGCACGGCAUGAUAACCAUGUGUGGUGCAGCCUCCCAGAGAGAGACGUCGCUCCGUGUGAUGCCACUCCUUGUGACGCAUUAAAAGACAACCGAGAGGAUCCCCCCGUGAGGGACCCCCUUUGGAAAGACGAACUCGUGAAGAUGUUCGAAAAGAACAUAAAAGGAAAGUGGAAGAAAAUACUCAUGCCGAUUUUUCAGCGCAAGGAGUUCUAUGUACAUCGAUUUAGGAUUAUAAUGAAGGAGUUUACAGGGUUGAAAACUUUUGUGCGCAAAAUGGAAAGCGAAAAGUGCAGAGGGGAAAAACCCAACGUGGAUAAUAAAUCUAUGCACCCGAACAGAGCGAACCACCCGUAUGCUCCCAUCUCACUGAGCUACUUCUGCUGCUUCGCCAUGAAAGAAAUUGUGAUGGAAAAUAUAUGCAUAGAAAGUACUGUGCCGCUUGGAGAAACAAAAAAAGGUGGCGAUUCCCUGCACGUGAAUUACCUCUUCGAACACACCUUUUCUACCGUAAGGGAAAAAGACAUAAUUACGCUCUUCGAACAUAAUAAAAAAAUCUUCAAGCUGAAAUUGCUCCGGGAAGGAAGCGUCAUAGCCGAAGCAGAUCUACAUAUUCUGGAGAUGUUUUCCAUCAUGAGGAAUGAGGAAAAGAAGAGCCACAAAAUUUUGUGUUUCAUUCCUACAGAUGCGGAUAAUAAGAACAUUAUCUUUUUAGAUGUAGACAUGUAUUAUGAGCGGACGAAAAUGGGUUCAGGUGAUCCCAUUUUUGAAACUAGCCAUAGAGUGGUUAGCCCUAAUUUAUCUGUUGAACAGCUAGCUGAAGAGAACCCCCAUCAGAUGGAAUUAGCAAAAUCAAAUUCACCCAUCAUGUGUGCAUCUGAAGAAGGAGCUUCUAAUAAAAAGGAAUUAAUAAAAAGAACCCAAUCUGGAGUGAGCAACAAUUGGUGUGGUGACAAAUCGGCUCAUCGGGCAGCUCAUGGUACACGUGGGGAAGGUAAUUCCACCUUGAUCCACGGAAGCACGAAUUGUACUCCCACUGACAGCCGGCAGAGAAGAGACGGAUUGACCUCCUCACCUGUGGUGCACCCACGGAUUACAAACGGGACCACCCAAAUGAUGCGCCACUGCAGCGGCGAAUACGUCUGGUUGAAAAAUGGCCGAGAGGUUCUUUUGGAAAAUCAGGGGGAAGGAAAUAUCACACGUGGUGGGGACGCUGAUGAGACCAACUGUGUGGACACAAAGUCGAUCAUCCUGGUUGAUGGUAUAUUGGGAGGACACACCUGCAGGGAGAACCCCAACGGGAAGCACAGCAGUAGGGCCGAGUACCAAAUGAAAGAUAAGGACAGAAAUGUAAACGGGUGGAAAAAGGAUACCAGCCACAUCUACCUAACUGUUAACUGGGUAAUCCUUCCAAUGCACUUGAUUAAAAAAAUGCUUAACAGACUGAGCGGGAAUGGAAAUGCAGAUGACCGGGGGGACGACGUGUUUGUAGCUGUUUACGUGGAGGUGCAUCAGAGGAUGGACCCCUCAGGUAGGGGUGGCAGUAUCGGCAGUAGCGGUGACGGAACAUACGAACUGCUCUCCAGGUCCAUUCCGCAAAUGGUCAACUGGAAUGAGGGGGGCAAUGAAGAUCAUGCUGAUAACGGUGCAAUGCACAGACAGAGCAGCCGACCAAACGGUACAUCACCUGAUGGGGGGAAAGUAGAGGGAGGUAGAGGAAACCUCCACCACGUAGCGGUGAAUUCCCCUGAGCAGACGCACCCCUCCAGGGAAGAAUCACAAUCAGCAAAUAAGCAACUACUCGACAAGGAGGAGAAAAAAAAACAUUCGUCAGGCAAACGGUUAAGCUUACACAAGUUGAAGAUAAAGCACAGGGAAGUUAUCAAAUCGGGCAGCAGUCCAUACGUGGAAGGGAAGAUAACUGUGAAGGCUCUGAUUUCACUGAAUCACAUUUCUGAAGAUGUGACGAUUGGGGAGCACUUCUUUAAAAUAAAAAACAUUUUACACGAAAAUGAGGAUAUUGUAUUUUGCUGGGAGAGUUUGUUUCAUGGUGUUUAUGGGGAGAAUGCACUUUUUGAGGAGGAAGAGGAAAGAAAAAUGCUUCUGGACAACUCAGAUGUAAGGAUGGGUUCUUCUACUGAGCGGGUUGCAAUUAGAAAUAAAACCCCAAUGGUGAAAUAUCCCAAGGGGGAAGUUGAAAAGUUAGCAAUUCUGCCACAUAUAGAUGAUGACAAAAGGGAGAAUGAAACAAUAAUUGGGAAAAAAUCCUCUAUAAAAAAAAGGGAAAAUUCUAUCGUACAUUUCGAUGACGGAAAUGCGCAUCAUGCAGACGGAAGGGAGAAACAACCCCUUGGCUAUGUUUCAUUCGAGUAUGAAGUGAGGAGGACGGAAGAUGAAAGGAAUUACGAGAAGAGAGAUUAUUUUGCAAUCCCCAAUUUUGUGAAAAUUUAUUUUCUAAAAAGAAGUAGAAAUAACGAUCAUCUACUGAACGAAAAAAAUGAUCUGUUCAGAAAAACAACGUUGGACAAAUUAUUUGGGGAUGUCUUAAGGAGGGUAAACUACAGAAAAUAUGUAAAAGUAGACACUCUGUUGGAUGCACUGAGUUAUUCAAUCUACGCCAAUUACAUGGACUACGUUAUCCGACUGUUUCGACAUUAUGUGGGUACGGACACUUCGCUAUUCUUUCCUGUGGAAAAUAUUUUACUAAUUUUAGCCUUAAGAAAAUUGUCUUCUCAUUUUUCCAACGUGAUGAUGCAUUUGUGUAGGGAGGUUCAUCAGUGUAACGGGGGUGUCAACUCCUUGGGUGUGGUCGACUGGUCUCACUUCAUCAAGUGUAUGUUGAAAGCGCAGUGUGGGUCCUCCAAGGGGGGCAGCUUAAAAAUAGGUAAAAGCACUAAAAGUGUUAAGCGUGAGAAGUUUGUUGGAGCAGGCAAGCAGGAUACCCCUCAGAAAUUCUACCACAAACGCAACAAACGGGAGGGGCAAAAAAUGAAGAUGUUUUCUUCAACGUCAUCUUGCGUGUCUUCCUUCUCUGCCUUCACGAAGGGUAAUACAGAUGAUGACACUUCUUCUAUCGCCUCCUCUGCAGAGCGGCACAAGGAAGGAGAAACUCCCCUACAAGUGACGCACAAGAUGAAGGGAGUGAACCCCCUCAGUCAGAGAGACUGGUGUUUGUUGAACAACUGGGAAAAGUGGCACCUUCACAAAAAUGGCAGGAGCUGUUUCUUCCUCCUGUUGUUCCUGAAUGAUAUGCUAAUUUUUUACAAAGAAAAUAAACGCGCAGUGAAGAAUAAUGAACUGAACAUAUCGAUACCCCACACGUGUGGUCGUGCCGAAGUGAAGGAGUGCCCUCUGCAUAGGUUGCAAUAUUUUAGUGGACUCCCAAAUGGUUUAACGAGGAGACGUGGACUUUCUAACGGGGUGCUGUGCGGUGGAAGAGCGUACAGAGACUCUUCGGAAAAUCGAUCUCGCUAUUGGGGCCCCCACAAAGGAGACGCAAAGUAUUCACAACGGAAUGUACAACAGAAUGCACAACGCAAUGCACAGCUGCAUCCAUUAAGGACGUGCCACCAUGUUGGAAAACAUCUCGAUUCUCUUGCUCGUUACGCACACAGGAGGAGAACCACCCUGAGCAAACACCACAGUAGUGAUGCGUCCCCCGAAGGGAAAUACAGAAGAAGCACAAGUGCUGCCAGUCGUCUGCUUGCACGUGAGCAAAGGGGUAAAAAGAGAACCUCCAUAUAUCAUUACAACCUGUUAAAAGGUGAAUCGACUAUUCCUCCAGUGAAGGAUCCAAGUGGUCAGGAAUGCACAAAUGGAGUUAACGCAUUUAUAGCGUUACGUAGGAACCUCCACAGGGAUCACAAAUCGGACCACUUGUAUUUCUUGCAAGGUGGAAAUGAAGACGUGGUCACACAAAUGGACAGAACGAAUAUAGGAAAGGUUGAUCUUUCUCCUUAUAGACUUUACGUUAAGGUGAAAAGAUUACUAAACGCGGUGACGCUAGUAAAGCAAAGGAUGGCAAUGUCCUUUCAAAUUGUGUUGAGCAAUUACGACUGGAUCCAGUCGGGUCAUAUGCUCCCCUAUUUUGUAAGCCCCCAAGAUGGCUAUAUAAUAAAUAAAAUUCAGGCGGUAAGUAGACCCCUUUUGAAUGACCCCCAUUCGGGUAUCAACACGGCAGUUAUUUUGGCACUUCCAACCAGGGAAGAAAUGAGCAGACUUUCCAACGCGAUGAGUGAAGAGAAUACAGCGAAUCUUCUACUCAAGGGGAACACGAAAAGGGAGACUUCCUAUGGUCUGCUGAAAAUGUGCUUGCAGAACUUGUCUCUGCAGAUAUGCUUUUAUGAUGUCCCAUUUUGGAGCAACUCCUCCUUGUCGGAAGAGUCACAUGGGAAUGACGACCCACUAGGGUGUAGUCUCUACCCGGAGGGGCAACAAAAAUGGAGGACGUGGAGGACGGGGAAGACGCUCGUUGCAAGUACGUUCAUUCCGCUAACUAUUCUUUUGAAAAAACAUAAAACCAAAGUUAGGGCGCCCCUGGUCAGCUCCCCAUUUUGCAGCAGUCGAGGAAGACGAAGCGACAUGGAGGUGGAAAUUCUCCUCAAGUAUGACAGGGUGGACACAAGCGGGGUGCAACAGAAAAUGGUUACACAAAAGGGUCGUGAAAAUGACGGUCAGAAAAAUGUGCAAAAAAAUGCGCAGAAAAAUGUGCAGGCGAAAUUCACCCAGGUGCGACCCACGCAGGAGCAAUCCAAGUUGCUCAAGUCCAAGCUGGAGACGUGGGCACAUGGGCACUUCCAUAAGAAGGAAACCUCCCCUCAAUACGGCAUCGUAACUGACGGCUUAAAUAUCGACUCAUCCGCAGAAACGCAAUCGGGGUUUCGCCUAAGUGACGACUUUGAUCUGGCAGGGAAACACGACUCACUUGACUUCUCUAAUAUUCCUCUGCUGACUCUUCCGAAAAUCCCCCCGCCCAUAUCGUAG